UCGAGAUCUAAACCAUUCAUGGUGAUGUUGUAUUAACAACCGUCCUGCUGCCAUCGCCAUUUCUGUUUUCUUGGAAUUUAUGCCGCUGUUCGUCACUCUAUCCCCUUUCUUAUUCUUCAACAAUUUUCCUUGCUAAGAAACCCAAUUCAUUUCCAUAAAUUUUAAUUCAGCUGAAAUUGAUUGUGGGGAUCGGAGGAAAAUAAAUAAUGUUGGCGAAAGCAGAUCCUUCUCAGAAACUGUAUACGCGCAUGCGAUUAUGGGAAACUCCUGAUCAAUACGUUGUGGAGCCUAGUGAUGGUUCUUCUGGAUCUUGUUUGGCAAUCAGUCGUGCCGAUGGCACCAUGACUCUCCUUGAUGAAAUUCCAAGCUCUGGCGGCCGCACUCCAAAAAUUCAGACCAUUUUUGGUGUUGUUGGGAUAUUAAAGCUUUUGGCAGGAUCAUAUCUAUUCGUUAUAACUGAACGAGAUUGUGCUGGAUCUUACUUGGGUCAUCCCAUUUUCAAAGUUUCAAAACUGAAAGUCUUUCCCUGUGAUUAUUCCUUGAAAAACUCUCCCGAGGAACAGAAAAAGAUGGAGUCCGAGUUUUCUGCCAUGUUAAAAGUUGCAGAGAAGACUCCUGGCCUCUACUUUUCAUAUGAUGUUAACAUAACUUUAAGUGCACAACGGUUGAAUGAAUUGGGUGAUGAUUCGAGGCUUCUUCCUCUUUGGAGGCAGGCAGAACCUCGGUUCCUUUGGAACAACUAUAUGUUGGAAGUCCUCAUUGAUAACAAGCUUGACCAGUACAUGCUUCCUGUUAUCCAAGGCUCUUUUCAGAACUUCCAAUCAGCUAUCGGGAAAGAUAUAAUAGACGUCACGCUGAUUGCACGGAGGUGCACUAGGAGAACUGGGACUCGGAUGUGGAGAAGAGGAGCUGAUUCUGAUGGCUACGUAGCAAAUUUCGUCGAAAGUGAACAAAUUGUACACUUGAAUGGGCAUACUGCAUCAUUUGUGCAGGUCCGUGGAUCAAUUCCAUUUCUCUGGGAACAAAUUGUCGAUCUGACAUAUAAGCCUAGGUUUGAGAUUGUGAAACCAGAGGAAGCACCUCGAGUUGCUGAGAGGCAUUUUCUGGAUUUAAGGAAGAAAUAUGGAAAUGUUUUAGCUGUUGAUCUUGUCAAUAAGCAUGGUGGCGAGGGGCGCUUGAGCGAAAAAUUCGCGUCUGCAGUACAGAAUAUUCUUAGUGAUGAUGUGAGAUACGUGCAUUUCGACUUUCAUCGCAUCUGUGGACAUAUACAUUUUGAGCGCCUAUCCAUCCUUUAUGACCAAAUAGAGGAUUUCCUGGUUAAAAAUAGGUACUACUUGCUAAACGAUAAGGGUGAAAAGGUUGAGGCGCAAAUUGGAGUUGUGCGGACCAAUUGUAUUGAUUGCUUAGACCGCACAAAUGUCACACAGAGCAUGAUUGGGCGUAAAAUGCUGGAACUCCAACUUCAAAGGCUUGGUGUUUUUGAUGCUAACCAAACUAUUAGAUCUUAUCCUAAUUUUGAUGACUGCUUCAAAAUAUUAUGGGCAACUCAAGGGGAUGAUAUAAGCAUUCAAUAUUCUGGCACGCCUGCUUUGAAAGGAGAUUUCGUCAGAUAUGGCAAGAGGACCAGCCAAGGGAUCCUUAAAGAUGGCUGGAAUGCUCUAAUGCGCUAUUACCUAAAUAAUUUCGUAGAUGGUACAAAACAGGAUGCAAUUGAUCUACUGCAAGGACAUUACAUUGUUUCCGUUUCUCGGGAUAUGGCUCCCAAAAGGCCCACAGGAAAGGUUGAGGCCAUUGCGUCGUUCCGUAUUGCUUUAGCAUUGAUAGCAAUGGGGUUCUUUUUGACUAUGAUGUCACUCAGGCAAGUUCCGAAUGAUGUUUGGCAUUUAGCAUUUUCACUUUUGUGGGCGGGAUUAAGUUUAGGGAUAGCAGCAUUCGUGAAAGCCAAUGGGCGGGUUUUCUGUAAUCGACCGCGUCUACACAAACCCCCCCUCUGAUCAAUGAUUUAUGGCAACUUCAGGUACUAUUCAUUCUUUCAGAAGCAAUAUACACUUUCUGGGUUAUUUGUAUCAACACACAACCUUUCCACUUCCUUUAUUUUUUCUACUAUGUAAUUCGAAGUCUUAUAUCUUGUAAUAUCAUUUGUUUGUUUUGACUAAAAAGGUCAACCAUAAUUUUUGAAUGAAGCAGUCUUUCCAAAUC